UUGACAGUUUGACACUGGUCUGGCAAAAAUGUGAGCCAAACAUUGAAUAAAAAAACAGCUGUAUAAUGAUGAAAGAUAAUCCCAUUUUCCCAAUUCAUGUGAUCACUCUAAUCCCAUUCACAUCAGCAUCACAAAAUUUUCAAUCUUUAAAUUUGCGUUCACACAUCUAUCAUCUGUCGAGAGAGAGAGAUGGGCGCUUCUUCUUCAAUCCCAGAAAAAUCCAUACACGAAUUUACAGUAAAGGACAGCAAGGGUAAUGAUGUGAACCUCAGUAGCUAUAAAGGGAAAGUCUUGCUUGUUGUUAAUGUCGCUUCAAAAUGUGGGUUCACGAAUUCGAAUUACACCCAAUUGACCGAGCUAUACUCCAAAUACAAGGAUAAAGGUUUCGAGAUAUUGGCCUUCCCUUGCAACCAGUUCUUGUAUCAAGAGCCAGGAACAAGUGAAGAUGCAGAACAGUUUGCUUGCUCGAGAUUCAAAGCUGAGUAUCCCAUUUUCCAGAAGGUGAAAGUGAAUGGGCCGAAUGCAGCACCGGUGUACAAGUUCCUUAAAGCAAGCAAAGGCGGCUGGUUCGGCUCCCAAAUCAAAUGGAACUUCACUAAGUUUUUAGUCGACAGGGACGGGAAUGUAAUCAAGCGCUAUGCAACGUCUACGACACCAUUGGCAAUCGAGGGUGAUGUAAAGAAAGCAUUGGGAGAAAGUUGAGAUAUGAGUUGAAUUAUAAACUCAAUGAUGCAGCAAACUAGCUAUAGAUGUGUAUUUAUCAACAUACAAUCUGUGUUGUAUUUUUUUACUUUUUGUUUCUUCACUUCUUUGGUUUAUGUUGUAGUAACAUCUUCAUGUCUAUUAUUCUAGUAGUACUACUUAUGUAUUUAUUUCAUGAAAAUUUAUCUAAUUUCUAGUGGACCAUAUCAACUUUUUUAAAA